AUGAAUGAAACGACAUAUUCACUUACUAAUCGAUCAUCAACAUCACAUAAUCAUGCAUUUAUACACUAUUUACAAUUAUUCUAUGUACCUUCUUUAGUUUUUCUUGGUAUAUGUGGAAAUGUCAUAUGCGCAAUUGUAUUUAAUACAAAAUCAUUAAGAAGAAUUCGUUCAUCAUCAUUUUUAUUUUUAUUAGCAGUUGGUGAUGUUUUCUUUUUAUUAGAUCUUUUACCGGGUUGGAUUAAUACUGGUUUUGUUCGAACAUUAUAUCAUGGUGCAAAUCUUAUAUGUAAAAUUCAAACAUAUAUAUCAUUUGUUGCGUCAUUUUUACACAUAUGGAUGGUGCUUGCAUUUACAGCCGAACGUUUUUUUGCUGUAAAUUUUCCUUUAAGACAUAUGUCACAAUGUACACCAAAAUUAUCUCGUACAAUUAUUCUAAUAAUUGUUACACCAGCAUUUUUAUUUUAUAUAUAUCCAUCAUUUUUUGCAUCCGAAGUUGAUAAAUAUGGACAAUGUCGGGAGAAGGAAAGUCAUGUACGUUAUUUAAAUCACAUUAAUAUAAUUGAUACAAUAAUGACAAUGUUUUUACCAUUUAUCCUUGUAUCAAUAUUGAAUAUAUUGAUAAUUCGAAAAUUAUUCUGUACAAAUACAUUUCGAAAACAUGUUUUUGAUAAUGGAUCAAGUUAUCAAUUUCGACGUACAUCAAAUUGGACGCAAUAUCAUACAUGUUCAUUAAAACGACAAGAAAAAAAUCGUGUUUCAAGUGAAAAAACAUCACCGGUUGUACGUAAAAAACCAAAUCGUAGUAAUAAUGAUUCAACUCGACGACAUAUUUUAACAGAAUUACGUUUAACAAAAAUGCUUUUAGCGAUAUCAUUCACAUGUUUAUCAUUAAAUUUCCCAUCAUAUUAUUUACGUUUAAUAGUAUUUUAUGAACAAACAAAAGAUGAUUUGAUAUCAAAAGAAACAUAUACGAAUUUUGCUCUUUAUAGAGAUGUUAUAUUACAUUAUAUGUCAUAUUUAAGUUAUUCAAUUAAUAUUUUUAUUUAUAUUUUUUUUGGAGCGAAUUUUCGUCGUGCAUUGAAAAGAGUUUUCUUACCAUCAAAAAGAUUUAAUGCAAAUUUAAUGAAACUUAAAUCAUUUAAUAAUGAUAAUGAUACAUGUUCACUGGAUUAUUCUAUUGGAGAAACGACAGCAUCAUUAAAUGGUUCAAUACGUAGCUAUCCCAAAUCACCUAAAUUACGCGAGUUAAAUUAUAUACAUAGAAAGUUAUUAGCAAAAUAA